CUCGACACGCUCGCAGGCCUUCGAGAUGGAUCGCACUGCGACUCUGUGUCUGAUAUCAAUUUUCGGACUCUGGGGCUUGACCCCCACUCACUCCCAGCGACCGCCACCCCCUCCACCCCCGGAUGGAAUCGAGCCAGGGAACAUUCGCUUUCCCAUGGAGCGCGACAUAGUCUUCCCGGGCUUUGGAGCCGGGCCAGACCAGCCGGAAGAGAAGAGGUGGUUUCGCAUAACCGAAUUUCAGUUCGACCGGGUGGAGAACCUGCCACGGCCCAAGCACUGGCACCACCCCCCGCCCCCCAGGCCGGGUCAGCCCUUUCCGCCGCCCCGGGGCUUCAAAAAGAAGAAAAACCAGCGACCCCGCAUCUGUGAGCAGAAAUACUCCGAGUACGUGGAGCGCAUCUUUCCCAACGACACGGCAGUGGCCGCCGAUGCCAACGACGCAGACUUCGAUGGACGGGUGCUAGCCCGGCCCGGUGAAUACCCCCACAUGGCAGCUGUGGGCUUCGAGAGCGACGCAGGGCGAGUCGAGUACAAAUGUGGAGGCAGCCUGAUAAGCGAGAACUUCGUGCUCACCGCGGCCCACUGUACUUCAAUAUAUGAGAUGGCUCCCAAGUGGGUGCGUAUUGGGGUCCUCAACCUAGCCAUCGAGGAACGGACUGCGCAGAGCCAACUGCUUCGGAUAGACGGGAUUUUCACCCACCCCAAGUACAACAAGGAUAUGUACUACGACGACAUAGCCCUGCUGAAGCUGGAACGGGAAGUGGUAUUAACGGAGUACGUCAGACCCAUUCGACUCUGGGUCUUCCCAGAGUUGCCCACGACGAUUGCCUUUGCAAUGGGCUAUGGGGCCACGAACUUCGCCAAGGCCAUGACGAACCGCCUCACGAAUCUCAACCUGACCAUUGUACCGAACGCAGAGUGCAACGCCGAGCUGCCGGCAAUCGCGGAGACUCCUAAUGGAGUUCUGGAAAGCCAGAUAUGCGCCCAGGACUACAUUCUCAACCGGGACACCUGCCAGGGAGACUCGGGAGGUCCACUGCAACUUAAUCUUCCGGGCCGUCGGCGGCGGCAUAGAAUCCACUAUCACCUGAUAGGCAUCACCUCGUACGGAGUGUUCUGUCGCAGUAGCUAUCCUUCAGUUUACACCCGAGUAUCGUCCUUUUUAGACUGGAUCGAACAAACUGUGUGGGCCGAUCCCCUCUAGACUUCAUAGAAGUGUAAACUCGAAAUGCAUGUAGUAUUGUCAUAGGUAAAACUAAUAAAUAUCACCAUGAUUAACUGCUGGGGCGAAUGUUAACACUCAGGAAUACAUAAGCAAGAGCACGGACGACUGCUAGCUAGAAAAUCGAAGUGAAAAGACAUACACUCCAUGGUGCCGGAAACGACCAUAUAUUACAUUAGCCUAUUUUUUAUAUUUUAAUGGAAUAUUUCCGUUGGAAUGAUGAACAUAAAGAUUUCGACCGAAAAGAAUGCUUUAUGCUACAGAUAACGAAUAGUACUUAUAAAAUUUAGAAAAAGAUGAUAUAUAAAAUGAAUACGAAAAAAUUGAUGGGGAAAGGA